AAGUUUUUUCUUACUGCCAUUGCACUACAAUGUAACAUUAGCAGCACAACGUCUAUAGAUAUAUAUCAAUACUAAGAUUUUUAUACAUUCCUUGUAAAACAUUUAACACUGCAAUAACCCAACAACAACCACUUACUUAAUUUUUAUCUUUGCAUUACCAGAGACAUACUUAGAUGACCUGCAAAUAUGCAUCUUGCUUCAAACAGCCAGAUUUCAUGUCUAAAAGGCAUUGGCAAAUGUGUCAGAUCYUCUGUAUCAAUAUAAUACAAUACCAUAUAUUGACUGGUCUGAGUAUCAGCCCAGUCUUGGGGCUCUCCAGAAACUAACAAAAGAGGAAAAAAAGGAUUUUUUCUCAAAAAAUUCUAAAAAUAUACUGUUCUUGUCAUUGCUGAAUAGUUCGGAGUGACUGUUACCAGUACAAAUCAGAUACAAGGAAAUUUAAUUACAAAAGUCAGCUGAUUCAGUUCAAAUUGAUGGCCAAGACAGAUGUGAUGUGAGUAUUCAAACUGCAGUUCUAGGCAAUAAAUUAAUUCCCUGGAAAUUAAAGUCAAAUAACUUCAUAUACUUAGUACACAAUAAUUAAUUUUCAAGAAUAAUACAAACUUUAGAGUCUACUGAUAGUUUKGUAGAAACAGUAGUGUGUAGAGAUWACUAAAUGGCAAUUAUCUGAAGCAGAAUUUCUUUUUAGUAUUUUAACAUUGGGAUUACUGCUUGCAAUGUUUAUUAAAAAUAACUUUUCUUUCUCCCAAAACACUUCUCUAUAUCCUAUAUGCUGAUAGCAGGCUUUUUUUUCAUACACAUUGCAUAACAUGGUAAUUUUACAAAAGAUGCCUCAAUUUUAAGGUCUAGUAGUUUUUAGGUAUUUCUGUUGAGACACUGAUAACUAGAAUAAUAAAAURUGUAUUUUCUAAUAUGUUUUGUUUAACUGUUCCUUUUGUUUUCUAACUUUACAGRAUGCCUCAUGUGGUUUUGGUGCCUGAACAAGAUGUGGCACUGUUAGUUAAUCUUUGAGAACAUGAGAAGCAGUUGUUUCACCCUGAGACCUUUUGCUCUGUGCCAGUGACAUGUCUGCACCCCAGCAGCUGCAAACCUGCUGUGAGGAAGAUGAAGCAAGGGUUAGUGCUCCCUGACAGAUUCCUCCCAUUGUCUGAGUGCCAGUCUGUCAGUGGUGCAGACCUUGGGUCAUAUCCCAAAUCCGGAAGACCAAAGUUAGACUUAACUUUUGAAAUAACAGUCUCCAGAUCAAUCUUACUGUUUUAGCAAAUUUUAAUCAGAUUGCCUUUUCCUAUUGUAAUGAAAUAACACUCCCUGUUUUAACUGUCCCUGGCUAUAUGGAAUGGAAAGUCAAAAUAAACAAUGAAGACCACACUGAACAUUCUAAUACACAACCUCAAAUGUUUUCUUAAUUCCUCAGCCUAAACUAGACACCUUAUCCAAACAUUUCCUCCUGUCGACUCCUUCUGUCCUCCACAACAUCCUGGGUUACUAGAUUUUAGAUAGGAGCUUCUAAUACACAUAACUCAGAUUGAAAGCAGAGUUUCAUUAGCACAAACUCCCCUAUCAUAAUUGUAAUCUAUAGUAAAUGAAUGCAAUUAGCCACACCAGGGUCUCCCCUGAGCCCUCCUCUCCUCUGCCACAAUCUGACACUAGGCUCUAAUAUAAAGCUAGCAUACUGCAUUCACUGCAACAGUAGCAGAUCUACAGGAUUGCUCUUUCCAGGAUCAUGUCACUGCUUCUCCUUCAGAUGUUAGUGCUCUCGUGUCUUGGAGCCACAGAGACACAGAGAAAUUCAAAUCACAGGAAAAGCAGCAGGCUAUUUCAGCACUUUUUCUACCGGGACAAAAAUUUAUUUGAAAGUCAGAGCUCUUCUGAGCUGGUAAGCGAGAACCCAGUAGGUGUUGAUGAGACCCUGAGAGUACCAAGCUUUUUUGUAUCAAUUCCACAGACAGCAUCUGGACACGAGAAGAAAGAGGAGAAAAAAAUGUCCAGAUUUAUUCUUCCCAAUGCAGGACUCCAUGCAGACCAAGACCUGAGAACCUGGGCAGCACCCAGAGAGAUGUCUCCAGAGGAAAAUUUCUCUCCACCCCAUUACUCCAGCAAGAGAGAGUCUGAAUUUCCCUACAGAAAAGAUGCCAAGAAAUUUUGGGACCACUUCAUGUUAAAGAAAAAUUCAGCAUCUGAAGGGGUUGUCCUGCCAAUCAAGACCAAUGAAAUGCACCAAGAAAACUGUAGAACCUUGCCUUUUGCCCAGGGUGUUACUCAUAACAGCUGUGAGAAGAUAACAGUACAGAAUAAUCUCUGUUUUGGAAAAUGUAGUUCCUUUCAUGUUCCUGGUUCAGAAGAUCAUCUUUAUACCUUUUGUUCUCAUUGCUUGCCCAGCAAGUUCUCUAUGAAGCGCCUGGAUCUCAACUGCACUGAUUCUGUUCCAGUGGUCAAAGAAAUCAUGAUUGUAGAAGAGUGUAAAUGUGAAACUCGGAAGAUUAAAACCCCUGCAGUUGGAUCUCUAUUGUCAGACUUGUAUGCAAAUGUACAUGAGCACAAUUAACUUGAUYGUAAGAAUUUUCCAAUGAAAAAACCCAAACCUGUUGUCAUCACUCUGGUACACAAAAGUAUUAAAAAUGUAGACUUUCUACAUGAUCUCUGUUUCAACAAUAACUGUACAUAAUUGUACAAUAAAUAAAAUGUGUAAUAAAAUGUAACAGAUGUUUCCUUACAGCUGCUAAGGAAAAUGAGAUGAAAUUACUAGGCUUAUUUGUAAAGGCCUUAUUUUAACAAGGGAAAACUUUAAAAAUCUUUUCACCCUUCCUAUUACUGUUUCUAGGAUGCUAGUAAGCAAAGGCUGAACAACUGACUUGAUUUAUUGUGGAAAAACCGAAUGUUGACUUUUCUCAUUGCMUUUGCUUGCAGGGUGUGCCAAUAUAGAUGGAUUGGCAACAAAGACGAGAUUUUAGUCUGUUCCCUGCAAAAACAGGUCCACUUUUACAUCAAGAUAAUGGCUGGACAGCGUAAAACAUAGCGGGACAUGUGGUACAUAGAAARUUUGUGACUAGUUAAUGCCAUACUGAUUGCUCCUAGCUGGAGUUCAGCUCUCAUUGAAAACUAAUAUCCCACACAAUUUACAUCAACAGAUAGAUAAUAGCUGCAAAGGAUAUUUUGACAUAGAAAUCACUUGCUCUCUUUUCCACAUGCCUGCAUUCACUCUGCACCUCUAUUUUUACUCAGUAUUCAAUUACAGAAGAAAAAUACAUUAAAAAUGCUAUACUCCUACAGAAAAUAUCAAAGAUUAAUGCACUGUUGUUAUUAUUUAAAUUCACUGUGGAAAGACAAUGCACAUUUUCCAGUCUAAUGAAAUACUUAAAGAAGAAAAGGCAUUUGUGUGACAGAGAAUUUGAGAAGGACUUUAUUAUCACAGCAAUAUCUUAACAGCUUUGCAGCAGUAGCUGAGAGAACUCUUCUAGGAAGAGCCAGAGUCUUCUGCUAGGCAAYAGCAUCAGCAGCUGUUAGCCAAACUGCUGGCUUUCCUGCUUUCUCCAGCUGCUUCUCUCUGGAUUUCUCUUGCAGACGUGGCACACCAGACAGAUC